UCUGCGCAGUGGGGGACUGGAGAGCCGGGCCGGGCGGCGCGAGUCUGCGCAGUUUAGGGGCGUGAGGGAGGCGGGGAAACGCGCGUCUGCGCAGUGCGGGGCUGAGGGCUGCGACUCGGGCGGUGCGCAGGCGUGGUGCCGUGCCUCCCUGUGUAGGCCGCUUGUGGUUCUGCAGUCCCAGGCGCAGGAGAAGAAGGGUCGCGUCUGUGGGAGGAGAGGCGAGCUUCAGUAAGUCUUUAAAAAGUGCAACAUCAAAAUGGCUUCAAAAAGAGCUCUGGUCAUCCUGGCUAAAGGGGCAGAAGAGAUGGAGACGGUCAUCCCUGUAGAUGUCAUGAGACGAGCUGGAAUUAAGGUCACCAUCGCGGGUCUGGCUGGAAAAGACCCAGUACAGUGUAGUCGAGAUGUUGUCAUUUGUCCUGAUGCCAGUCUGGAAGAUGCAAAGAAACAGGGACCUUAUGACGUAGUGGUUCUGCCAGGAGGUAAUCUGGGUGCGCAGAAUUUAUCUGAGUCUGCUGCUGUUAAAGAGAUACUGAAGGAACAAGAAAAGAGGAAAGGCCUCAUAGCCGCCAUCUGUGCAGGUCCUACGGCUCUCUUGGCUCAUGAAAUAGGUUUUGGAAGCAAAGUUACAACACACCCACAGGCUAAGGACAAGAUAAUGAAUGGAAGUCAUUACAGCUACUCUGAGAACCGCGUGGAGAAGGACGGCCUGAUCCUCACCAGCCGAGGGCCUGGAACCAGCUUUGAGUUCGCUCUGGCCAUCGUCGAGGCGCUGAGCGGCAAGGAGGUGGCUGACCAAGUGAAGGCUCCCCUUGUUCUCAAAGAUUAGAGCAGAAAUAUUUGAAAACGGGUCAGAGAACUGGGCCGUCUGUCAUCCCUUCUCGCCAUGUUCCCUGUAAACACAAUGGGUGGUUAACGUGCGGAGAAGCCGUCGUCACUGCCCUCGUGACGUUUAGUUGUGAAGUGACAGCCACACAGAUUCCUGGACCUGCAGUUGUGUCCCCACAUUUCUGAAUGCGGAAUAAACAGCACAUUUAGCAAACUA